GUCCGAGUGGGGGCAUGUGUACCAUAAUAUGCUCAUGAGUUUAACCUUCGUCAAACUAACCGAAAGAUCGUCCUUAGCUGGACGUUAAAAAACGAUAAAUAUCCCUUGAUGCCCAGUGAAGAAUGUAGCCACAGUCCAGAAAGCAAUGCCGAAUGGUUUGCAGACGAUUGCUAAAAGGUUCUCUGGUCUUCUAACCGUCAUUUAUUUCCUUGGCUUAGCAACGCUUUCUUCAGGGAAAUAUGCAUCUCUGCACGACAGACUUUCGCAAUCGAAACGAGAUCCAUCGUCUCCGUGUCAUCUUCGUUGUGCCUCAGAUUUCAGUAAGGUGGUUUCUUUUGAAGAAUGUGUAGCAAGUUGCCAAAGAAAUGUUUCUUUAAAUAGAGACACAAUGUAUAGAAACAGGAAAAAAAGAGAUGGUUCUUCUGUCAGGCAACAGCGAAGUGCUGAGAACCGAAAUGAGUGCAUGACCUCUCCUGCACAGUCAAAAAACGAACCACAUAAAGUUGAGAUACAUUCAGUAAAAUUCAGAGAAAAGGAUAUUGAUGUUGUGUGGGAGAAUGUGACUUCUUCAAAAACAGAUUACAACUGGUCAGCUUAUGCGCUUAUCUACAAAAUUCGUUGUGAUGGAUGUUCUGAUGACGCAUUAGCCAAGUGCAAAAUUAUUCCAAAGAACCAAACAAAUUAUUCAGUGCCACUGGCUCAAUGGGAAAAGCCAGAAUAUCUUUUUGCAGCAGUUGUGACCUUCCCCUAUCACAGAAAAGCUCAAGUAACUCUUCAUACAUUUUCUUCAAAGGCCCAAGGACAACAAAUACCUAUGCCUACUGAAGCUAAAAAAGACACAGCUAAACUUGUAGGCUCUAUAGUGGGAGGAGUUAUAGCAGGAGUGGUUAUGCUGUUGCUGUUGUUUGCUCUAGUCAAGAAAAGGCCUUGCCGAGGAAGCACCCGUUAUAUGCCCCCACCAGCACCCCCAAGACCAGAAGAGAAAAAAGGAGAAAAAGAGCAAUACUACACUUGCUAUUACCCCGAGAGUGAUGCUUUUCGAGACAGAGUGGCCUCAAUUGUGAACUAUUUUCGCCAGAACGGUUAUAAUGUCAUCAUGGACGUUAUGGUGUCAGAAGAAAUAACUUCCCAGGGUCCUACGCGGUGGGGAGAGAGCCAAAUAAGAAAAGCUAAUAAGGUGCUGAUUUUUUUAUCACCUGGUUUGAUAAAACUCGCUCUGGAUGGGAUGGAGUGCUUGCAGUCCCAGGACACCAACCGUGUUUGGAUUGAGCUGGAGGUACUUCGAGACCUUUACACCUGCAAUCGCUCAGCUUCGAAGAUGGUUUGUUUAACUUUACCCGACAUGCCCUUGACCUCGGAACCCCUUCCCCUCUGGGCCAAAGUCAGCUACAAAUGGCCCGAUGAUGCAAUGGAAAUCUUUAAGCGUCUUAACGACAGACCAAAGAUAUUAGCAAUGUAGAAAAUGCCAGAGAUGUAAAAUUUAAAUUGGCAAAUGAACAGCUAAGUAAAACAUGCUCGCUUAGACCUGCGGCAAAAGUCCUGGAGUGCUAUAACCUUUUCCGCAACCUGGUUGCAAUUGGUGGUCACUUCCACUCCCACUUCCAAGACGAGGAUGAGUCCUCAUUGAAAUGACGUGACCACUGAACCUUUUAUAGGCAUUAGAGGACUUUUGUUGCUGUAAAACGAAUAUUUGGAAGUUCCCUUCUGCGGCCUAAACCUUUGAAUUUCCAGGGGUGAUCAACAAGUAGGUUCUCCUUGCAAUUCCGAUACUUAACCUAGCAACAGAUUAUGAGACGAACAAGCUUACAGCAAGAGGGUGCCAUCGUGCUGGAAGACCAAACUCUCCCUUUGUAUCUUGGAAGUUAAAGGGCUAAAUAGCCGCAGAAGUCACCCACAAAAAGCCAGUUAUAAGCUCUCUUUGUGUUAUCGUCUUUUAUUUAAGCGUAAAGAAUCUCUGUUAAGUUUACUUAGCCGGAAGUAAAUAAGUUAGGAUUUUAGUAUCGGAAGUAAAGAAACCGGAAGUAAAUAAGUUAGUUUAAAUUAUGUAUUUCCGGCUGGUGCGGCUCGUGUAUUGCUUUAACAAAAGAGUGAAAAUCAUAUAUCCCGUAAUGGUCAAAACGAAAAGAGAACAUUUACUGCAGUUAAUAGUUUGAUAACAUAAAUUAAGCGUCUCGAAUUCCAACAAUAAAAAUAUUUAUACCUUUUUAACUUAUUUAUAUCAUUAUAUUCAGUAAUGCUACCAUUAAGAUCUACUUUGUUAUUUAUCUUAUGCUUUCACAAUAGCCUUUCAAUAUAUUGAACCAAAGAAGAUACUUAUGCCCCGGAAAUCAUGACUUGCAAGUACGUAGACCACCUUUAUUAGGUCCUGGAUGCGAGUGUUUCUUCGCCCGCGGGAAAGUAUAAGGCCUAGAUCACCAUGAACCAGUGAGAGGUCUGGAAGAGAUCCAGCGCUGAUAAUUAUUAGUGCCAGACCCCCCGGAAAACCUCUCUCCAAAUCGUCUCCAACCUUUCCGCGGGCGGGAAGGACGUGUGACCUGCAGCCACCUUAGUGGGUAUGUGUAAAGCUUAGAAAGGGAUGUAAAUGAGUACAAAUAUAUAAUCAUUUAGGCGAACAGAAAUGCAAACUUUCAUAGCAGCAUUUGAUUAAACUCCAUGAUUUUCAUGCUAUUGAAAAUAACACAUUUCUAUAGGAGGUAAUGUAUACUUCAAUUUGAAACAUGCAGUUUGGAUGUAUGUUGCUCAUAGAUUAUGAAUUAUAUGUUAAUAAUAGUAAUUAUAGAUCAUAGUCUCUUAGUACGAUUUAUGAAAAUUUUGUUUUCCACAUAUCAGCUCGGACAGAAGGCAAAAGUAAAUCGAUAUAAUUUAGCGAGAGGAUCAAGAGUCCAUGAUCGUUUUUAUUUUAAUAAUUUUUUUUUAAUUUUAUUUUACUUUAUUUUUCUCUUUUUAUUCCUCUGCGCUUAUCAUGAAGAUGCGAGCUGUUAGUUUUGGAUUCAUAGUCGCUAUUCCGUUUUAUUUAGCCGUCAUUCAUGAUCAAAUCAGAAUUCUAAAAGCAAAAACAAACGAACUGGAUCAAUAUCCUCAAAUCACAACUUUACCCAAGGGCCAUGGCUUUUUGGACCCCUCGAAACAUCCGGUUCGAUUGGCGAGAGGUCGUCAACGUGAAUGGCGGCAGAUUAACUCGCCUAUUAUUGUGAAGAAGCAUCUGAAACUAAUCAGUUUGUACACUGUAUGUAAAAGCGCAGACACAGGAAUAAUUACUUUCCUUAUCAGUAAGUAAAUAUUUCGAUCGCGUCGGCGACUGUGGUAACAAGACUUUUUUAAAUAAAAAUUCAUCAAUAAUGAAGCUGUA